GUUCCCAUCGCUCAUCCUUGGCGUCUCCUUCCCCGUUUCUUCUCCAGCGUCCGAUCUCCACCCUCCGCCUCUCAGAGAACGCGAGAGACGCAUCAGGAAAAGGAAAAUAUAAAGGCAAAAAAAAAAAAAUUCCACGCGCCAACUACGAACCAAAUAAAGGGUUCCGGCCUAACUGCAGAUGGCGGAGGCUCCACCGGCGAGCCCCGGAGGCGGAGGCGGGAGUCACGAGAGCGGCGAGCAUAGCCCUCGAGCGGGGGCUGGCGUACGGGAGCAGGAUCGGUUCCUCCCGAUCGCCAACAUCAUCCGGAUCAUGAAGAAGGCGCUCCCCGCCAACGCCAAGAUCGCUAAGGACGCUAAGGAGACGAUGCAGGAGUGCGUCUCCGAGUUCAUCAGCUUCGUCACCAGCGAGGCGAGCGAUAGAUGCCAGAAGGAGAAGAGGAAGACGAUCAAUGGGGACGAUCUGCUCUGGGCGAUGGCGACGUUGGGGUUUGAGGAGUACAUCGAGCCGCUGAAGCUAUACCUCCAGAAAUACCGAGAGGUACUCUGCUUCCUUCGGAUUGCAUUUCAUCUAUUUCCGAUGAUAUGUCAAUUGUCUGCCCAGGGCGGAGAGGGCUCUGUCAGGAGAGAAUUAGGAGGGGCUCAACAAUCUGGAACAAGCACAGGAAUGGAGUACCAGGCUCUUCCUCAACAAGGUUCUUAUACACAAGGCAUGGAUUACAUGAAUCCUCAGUUCCAUAAUGGGGAUCUCUGAACUUGGAGAUUUAUCUGCUUAUGUUCCAUGAGAGCCUCUUUAUGCAGGAUAUAAUGCUCCACACUUCCUACCAUUCGGCAUCGCUGCUUUUGCAUAGAGAAAAAUUCUUGUCUGCAAAAGCGAGGGACAAAUGUCUGUACUUGGUGUUAAUGCUUACUGUUGCAACUAAUGUCUUAUAUAUAUAUAUAUAUAUAUAUAUCAUUUGUAAGGUCCCCAGGUUUAAGUUGUUUUGUAAGAUAAAAGCCUUAUUACUCUUUAAUUUGUCUUGCGCAACUAUGCUUGUGUUGGUUUUCUUUUCCUUUUUCUUUUGUGACUUCCUUUUCAACAGUGGUACGUGCAUUAACCAACGGAAAACAUGAAUUUUUGUUGUUGUUA